CCCCUAAGAAGGUACUGAAACCUGAGGGCCCUGUGAGGAUCAGAGCAGUUUGUGAUGGAGCCUUCGCCCCUUGAGCUACCAGUUGAUGCAGUGCGGCGCAUCACAGCUGAACUCAAAUGCCACCCAACAGAUGAGAGGGUUGCUCUUCGCCUGGAUGAGGAAGAUAAACUGAAGCAUUUUAGGGACUGUUUUUAUAUCCCAAAAAUGCGAGAUCUGCCAUCAAUUGAUCCAUCUUUAGUGAAUAAGGAUGAAAAUGCCAUCUAUUUAUUGGGAAAUUCCCUUGGCCUUCAACCAAAGAUGGUUAAGACAUACCUGGAAGAAGAGCUAGAUAAGUGGGCCAAAAUGGGAGCCUAUGGUCAUGAUGUAGGGAAACGUCCUUGGAUUAUAGGGGAUUUGAGUAUUGUAGGCCUUAUGAAGGACAUUGUAGGAGCCCAUGAAAAAGAAAUAGUUCUAAUGAAUGCUUUGACUAUUAAUUUACAUCUUCUACUGUUAUCAUUCUUUAAGCCUACACCAAAGCGGCACAAGAUUCUUCUAGAAGCCAAAGCCUUUCCUUCUGAUCAUUAUGCUAUUGAAUCACAGAUUCAACUUCAUGGACUUGAUGUUGAGAAAAGUAUGCGGAUGAUAAAGCCAAGACAGGGGGAAGAGACCUUACGGAUGGAGGACAUACUGAAAGUAAUUGAGGAGGAAGGAGACUCGAUUGCAGUGAUCCUGUUCAGUGGCGUGCAGUUUUAUACUGGACAGCUCUUCGACAUGCCUGCCAUUACAAAAGCUGGACAAGCAAAGGGCUGUUUUGUUGGCUUUGAUCUAGCACAUGCAGUUGGGAACGUGGAACUCCACUUACAUGACUGGGGUGUUGACUUCGCUUGCUGGUGUUCCUACAAGUAUUUAAAUUCAGGAGCUGGAGGUCUGGCUGGUGCCUUCGUCCAUGAGAAGCAUGCUCAUUCGAUCAAGCCUGCGUUAGUGGGAUGGUUUGGCCAUGAACUCAGUACAAGAUUUAAGAUGGAUAACAAACUGCAGUUAAUCCCUGGGGCCAAUGGAUUCCGAAUUUCCAACCCUCCCAUUUUGUUGGUCUGUUCCUUGCAUGCUAGUUUAGAGCUCUUUCAGCAAGCAACUAUGACAGCACUGAGGAGAAAAUCCAUUCUACUGACAGGCUAUUUGGAAUACAUGCUCAAACAAUACCACAGCAAAGAGAACUUAGGAAACAAGAGACCACUUGUGAACAUCAUCACUCCAUCCAGAGCAGAGGACCGAGGCUGCCAGUUAACACUGACAUUUUCUGUUUCCAGGAAAGGUGUUUUUGAGGAACUAGAAAAAAGAGGAGUCGUUUGUGACAAGCGAGAACCAGAUGGCAUCCGUGUAGCCCCUGUUCCUCUCUAUAAUUCUUUCCAUGAUGUUUAUAAAUUCGUCAGACUGCUCACCACUAUUCUUGACUCUACAGAAGCCAGUCAUGUUUUAUAGAACUGGAGCAAAUCUCAUUUCACUAUUAUUGAAUUUUAGUCAAUAAACAGUAUCUAGAAAUUGA